ACUGUGGUCUGAGGCCACGUGACAAAUUGAUAUAAAAUUUGAAAUUAGAGUGCUGUCCCCUGUUUCAACCUCGUCAAGAUUGGGUGGCUGGUUAUCACAGACAUAUUAGGACCAUCCUUUUAGGUCACCUGAGCUUUAGCGGGUUCAUGAAUACAGGCUGGUUAUCACAGACAUAUUAGGACCAUACUUUUAGGUCACCUGAGCUUUAGCGGGUUCAUGAAUACAGGAUAUAUCUGGAUUAAAGCCAGGUAAUUUGGAAAACAACAUGGCUAACAACCCACGAGUGUGCGUCAUAGGCGCGGGUCCAAGUGGCAUGUCCUUUCUAUACCACAACAAUAAGCUAAAAGUGGCCGGGAAAAAGUGUGCCGAUGUCGUCUGCUACGAAAAACAGUCCAACUGGGGAGGAUUGUGGAACUAUACCUGGAGAACAGGUCUGGAUGAGCAUGGCGAGCCCUGCCAUGGAAGCCAGUACCGAGACCUCUGGUCGAAUGGUCCUAAAGAAUGCCUGGAGUACCCAGAUUACACUUUCGAAGAUCAUUUUGGGAAGUGCAUUCCCUGCUUCCCUCCAAGGACGGUUCUAUUCGACUAUCUACAAGGUCGUUGGAAUAAGAGCAAUCUCCGUAACUUGGUCAGAUUCAAUACCAUGGUGAAAAACGUUACCUACAACAAAGACACAGACGACUUCACAGUCAUGGUCAAGGACCUGAGUAUUGACGAGGAUCUUUCACCACAGAGAUUCUCCAACGUCAUCGUUGCUACCGGUCACUUCUCGGUCCCUAAUGUUCCCUAUUUUGAUGGAAUCGACAUGUUUCCAGGAAGAAUUCUCCAUUCACACGACUUCAGACGAGCACGCGAGUUCAAAGGUCAACGAAUGCUUUUGAUCGGCUCAAGAUAUUCAGCGGAGGACAUCUCGAUGCAAUGUAGGAAGAUGGGAUCCGGCAAAGUCAUCUGUAGCUACCGUACAAAGCCAACGGGAUUCAACAACUGGCCCGAAGGAAUAGAAGAACGUCUACUGCUAACGAAGGUAGUUGGGAACAAAAUUCAUUUCAAAGACGGGACCACAGCGGAAGUAGAUGUCAUUAUUUUUUGUACCGGAUAUUUGUUCCACUUCCCUUACCUUUCAGAGUCCCUUCGUCUCAAGACAAAACUGGAGAUGUAUCCGGCUGGGUUGUACAAGGGGACCUUAUGGAUGGGCGAUGGCAACAACAAGCUCAUGUACCUUGGCAUGCACGACCAGUACUACUCAUAUACAAUGUUUGAUGUCCAAGCCGAAUGGGCAUGUGCAGUCGUUGCUGGGCACUUACAGCUUCCAAACCGGAACGAAAUGGGGUCGGAUAUUACAAAAUGGCGCAAGAAGCAAGACUUGCUGAACGAUGAAUACGACGACAUCGCCUUCCAGACAAAGUUUGUGUGUGACCUCGCUAGGGAAGUCGGCUCCAAAUACAAUCUGGAUGUAGCUGCCUUAUUCAACAAGUGGGAAGAUGAUAAGCAUGCCAACAUAGCGACUUACCGGGAUCAGACGUAUACAUCGGUUUUUACCGAAAACCCAGGGAUUAAACACCACACACCCUGGUUCAAAGCGUACGACGACUCCCUUGAAACCUUUGUAAAUCAAACUCCAAACAAAUAGAAGAGUGAGGGACUUUUAGCGUUAUCAUGAUAUAUUUUUGAGAUCGUGAUUCAAGCUGCCGCUAGAAGUGUAUAUCGUGUAAUUGAACGCGGAUCUAACAAGAAAACUUCUAUUGUAUUCAUGCCCAUAUAUAUAUAUCAACUUAACAUUGUAUUUACUAUAUCAACAUAUCUACAACCAGAAGAUAUUCAACUGUCUUACUCUAUUCAGAAAGUAGACCUGACCGCAGACAGGAAGUUGUCCUAUUACGACUACGCAUAGAUCAUACCUUCUUUACACAAGCUUACAAUUUAUGAGAUGAAAAUCAACGUUAUCGUCAUGCUUGUGAUCGACCAUUCACUGUCAAACUUGUUAUGAUCGCCUGUGGCGAUUUUUAGUCUUCAGUUCUUUAAUGUAAUAUCUAAUCUGUCAAUAUUACAUAAUUAUUUACAUUGAAUUGAUUUCUUCAAAAAAGUACGUCAUGUUUACAACUAAUUCGUUUGCAACUGCCGGUUUUAACAUCUUUUCGAAUAAUUUAACCUUUUUUAUUUAAGCUUGAUGUAUUCAUUUUUUCUGAACGUCUAUUUUUUUUUAGUUGUUUAGCAGUAAAUGACCGUAAUUGAGCCAAAUACAAUAAACAAUACAUCAAAACGUAGAAGAGAGUUUUGGGUAAA